GCCCGUCUCGUCUGCUUUGUCUUUGGUGCUCGUACCAGCCCGGCAGGGCCAUGUACUUUCCAAGGUAUUCGUAUCGUCCGCCUCCGGCCAUGUUGGGACCCUGUCCACGUUGCCGCCGCCGCCGCUUUCCCACGACCACCUGGUUUCCUGCUUUUCUGCUUCCGUAUCGCGCUUGAGUCCUUUUUAGUCAAGGAUGGCCGGGCUUUCUGCCAGGGGGGGUAUAACUACCCAAGACCCCGCGAUUUGCCCCUCGUUCCCGUCUUCUUCUCUUGACGUUCUCCUUCUCCCAACUCUCCAUCUCCUUGCCCACGAACUCUACUUGAACGGCCACUUGUCCUGAGUCGCAAACACUCUCUGACAACAAUUGAACGUCCCCUGGAGCCAAUUGAUCCUUUUUCAAAUACCCAUUCCACUCAUCUCAUCCACAUUGCUCUCUCUCUCUCUCCCUCUCACCAAGUCCAUCCAUCGUAAAUCAGGCAACAUGGCCCCCCACGCAAACGGCGGCACCCCUCAGUCCAAUGGCGGAGUCGAGUCGAGAUACCACGCCUCUUCCACCCAGGCCGCCAUCAAGUCCGAGGAGGAGCUCGCUGCCCACAACUACCACCCGCUGCCCGUCGUCUUCUCCAAGGCCAGCGGCGUCCACGUCUGGGAUCCCGAGGGCAAGCAGUACCUCGACUUCCUCUCCGCCUACAGCGCCGUCAACCAGGGCCACUGCCACCCCGAGCUGGUCAAGGCCCUGACCGAGCAGGCCAGUAGGCUGACCCUCAGCUCCAGAGCCUUCUACAACGAUGUCUUCCCCAAGUGGGCCGAGAAGAUCCAGCAGGUCUUUGGCUACGACAUGGUUUUGCCCAUGAACACGGGCGCCGAGGCCGUCGAGACCGCCAUCAAGAUUGCCCGCAAGUGGGCGUACAAGGUCAAGGGCGUCGAGCAGGGCAAGGCCCUGGUCUUCUCCGUUAACGACAACUUCCACGGCCGAACUAUGACUGCCAUCUCUCUGUCAGUCGACCCCGAAUCGAGGGACAACUACGGCCCCUAUGUCCCCAACAUUGGCGCCCUGAACCCUUCCACGGGCAAGGCCAUCCGCUACAACAACGUCGAGGAUAUCGAGGCGGUCUUCGAGGCGCACGGCAAGGACACUGCCGCCAUCAUCAUCGAGCCGAUCCAGGGCGAGGCCGGCGUCGUUGUCCCCGACGACGACUACCUGAAGAGGGUGAACGACCUUUGCAAGAAGCAUAACGUCCUCUUCAUCUGCGACGAGAUCCAGACCGGUAUCGGCCGCACUGGACGCAUGUUGUGCUCCCAGUGGGCCGGCAUCAAGCCCGACAUGAUCACCCUGGGCAAGGCCAUCUCUGGCGGCCUGUACCCCGUCAGCUGCGUUCUGUCGAGCAAGGAGAUCAUGCUGGUCGUCGAGCCCGGCACCCACGGCUCCACCUACGGCGGCAACCCCCUCGGAUGCGCCGUGUCCAUCCGCGCGUUGGAGAUCAUGGAGGAGGAAGACCUGACUGCCAAGGCCGAGAAGCUCGGAAACAUCUUCCGUGAGGGCAUCAGAGCCUUCAACUCGCCCAUCGUCGAGCUGGUGCGCGGAAAGGGUCUCCUCAACGCCGUCGUCAUUGACGAGUCGGCUACCGCUGGCCGCACGGCCUGGGACCUGUGCCUGUUGUUGAAGGAGAAGGGUCUCCUGGCCAAGCCUACACACGGCAACAUCAUCCGCUUCGCCCCUCCUCUGGUCAUCACCGAGACCGAGCUUCGCAAGGCCAUCAACAUCAUUGGCGAGGCGCUCAAGGAGCUCCCCACCGUCGAGAAGGCGGCGCACCACUAAGUGAAUGUAAGAGGCUCACUGAGAUAGUAGUGAUGACGGACAGAUACGCUCUCCAACGAGGUGUACUUGUCAAUGAUCGUCGAGCGGCUGGUGUCCUGUCACACCACACAAAAGUGUGGGGUACGGUUGGUCAAAGUCGGGAUCCAAUGAUGGACUCUGACGAAUAGCCUUAAUGACGCAGCAGUUGACGGCUUGGUAUGGAUAUCUAGUUGGGGGUCGUCAAAGAGCAUCGCUUCCACGGAGGCGCAUGUUAUUUGUCUGCCCUCGAAAGAGGGAGAGAAAAGAAAGGAGGCAGCUUCAAGGUUGCGGCGCGGGGGGGUCCGGGGUGGUCUCACGGCAGAGUCAGGUCACACACACACUUGGGCUUGCCAGGGACAUCCUUUUUUCUAUUCAUCGCAUACGGGGUACGGAGCAUGGAGCAUACGGAGCAUAGGUCAUCGGCGCGGGGGGAAGCAGAGGGCGUACUGUGCAAAAGCAUUCGCCGCUCCCCAAUGUUACUUCUUUAGAUGUUGCAUACCCAACGGCGCUGUGGCUGGUUCCCCAACUUUAUGGGGGACUGCUUCAUGGAUACAUUCAGUUAGAGAUUAGAACGAGCUAAAAAAAGACGUUUGUUGAAACGAGAAAGAGGUUUUGUAAAGUAAAAGAGGUGU